CCCGCCCCCCGCCCCCGUCCUCCCCAGGAACCUCAAGAAGCGGGCGGGCGGGCCUCCCGAUCGGACAGGCGCGCGCGGCCGCAGCCAUGGGGCCGUCGUGGUGCCGGGGCCUUCGCCUCCUCUUCGUGGCGUCCCUGCUCGUCCUCUCCGUUGCCGCGUUGCACCCGCCGCCGCCGCCGCCGCCGCCCGAGCCGGCCGCGGCCAACGCGCUGCUCGCCCGCAUGUGCGACCCACGCAGCGCGCGCCCGGCGCCGGCCUCCUGGUGCCACGGCCUGCACCUCAGGCGCCGCGCCGGGUCCGCGGGGCAUCAUCGCCGCCACCACCACCACCGGCCCGAGCCGGCGCCGCUCCCACCGCCCGGACGCGGCGGCGGGGAGGAGAUCGACGCGCGCUACGGCGUCGCCAAGCGGCUCGUGCCGACGGGGCCCAACCCGCUGCACAACUGAUGAGACGCGUGCCGCGCCGCGCCGCGCCACAGCGACGACGACGCGGCGCGGUCGGUUCGUGGUUUCUUGGACGCCAAGUCCCUGGCGCGUCAGGAGCAGGCAGCGCCAUGCGGUCGCCGCCCGUCGGCCUCUCUUGUUCCUGCUUUCCGGCCCGGCGGAAAGGACUUACAAUGGAGGCCCGAUCGACGCCGGCGCCCGCAUGACAAUAACAGAGAUACUGUUACUGGAUAGAUAGGUGGAGGGUGUGCCAUGCAUGUAUAGGCUAGUUCGUCGUCGUCUUCCCGAUUCUUGACUUCUUGGCUCUUGCCGCUGCUCUGUUUCUUGCUGGGUUCCCCUCCCCUUGUAGCUGUAGCCUUCUUGGCUUCCAUUGUUCACCAGAAAACUGGAGGUGUUUUCCUCCCCGCGGUGACGUCCGCAGAAUUUGUCGUCUC